CUGCCGCUGUCUCCACGCAGAACCCUCCCCCGAUCUUGCAGAGAAUAAGCUCGUCCUGGUCUCGGCCUGGGAUGUCCGGCGUCGCCCCACCGAGGCUGCCAUCGGCCGCCCCCACGCUUCGGUCGCGGCCGGCCAGGUUGCCGGAGGUGAAAGGUUGCCUUGCCGGCAUGUGGAGGAAGAUUCAGGGCGCCGACGACUGGAGCGACCUGGUGGAGCCGCUGCACCCGCUCCUGCGCGAGGAGGUGGUGCGGUACGGGGAGCUGGUGGCGGCUUGCUACAAGGCGUUCGACCUCGACCCGAGGUCGAAGAGGUACCUCAACUGCAAGUACGGGAGGAGCCGCCUGCUGCAGGAGGUCGGGUUGGCCUCCUGCGGCUACGAGAUCACCAAGUACAUCUACGCGACGCCGGACAUCAUCAUCCCCACGCAGAGCGGCGCGUGCUGCGGCCGGUGGAUCGGGUACGUGGCGGUGUCGUCGGACGAGGAGGCGAAGAGGCUCGGGCGGCGGGACGUACUGGUGAGCUUCCGGGGUACCGUGACCGGCGCCGAGUGGAUCGCAAACCUGAUGAGCUCGCUGACGCCGGCCAACCUCGACCCUCACGAUCCCCGACGAGACGUCAAGGUCGAAUCCGGCUUCCUCAGCCUCUACACCUCCGACGACAGCACCUGUAGGUUCAGCCAAGGUAGCUGCCGGGAGCAGUUGCUCAGCGAAGUGGCUCGGCUCAUCAACAAGCACAAGGAGGAGGAGGAGGAGAUGAGCAUCACAUUGGCCGGACACAGCAUGGGGAGCGCCCUCGCCCUCCUCUUCGGCUACGACCUGGCUGAGCUCGGCCUGAACCGAUUCCGGCUGCAGCGAGAGGUUCCGAUCACGGUGUACUCCUUCGGAGGGCCGAGGGUCGGCAACACCGGCUUCAAGGCGAGGUGCGAGGAGCUCGGGGUGAAGGUGCUGCGGGUGGUGAACGUCCAUGAUCCGGUCACCAAGCUGCCCGGGCUGUUCUUGAACGAGAACCUGAGGGCCUUGGCGGCGGGCUGCGACCUGCCAUGGAGCUGCUCGUGUUACGCUCAUGUGGGAGUCGAGCUCGCCCUCGACUUCUUCGAGGUGCAGAACCCUGCGUGCGUUCAUGACUUGGAGACCUACAUAGGGUUACUGAAACGCUCCAAGCUGGUGCAAAUCCACAAGGAGGGGGAGGAUCUGCUGGCCAAGGCAAGGACGUUCGUCGGCAGGAAGAAGCCUCAGCCAUGGCCAUGGCAAGAUGUGGCAAGGCAAGUGGGUCAUUUGGUGCAAUCUCUGAGUCUGAUCUGAGAUCAAGGGCUACAUCAGUCCCCCCAUUAUUUUUGUGUUCAGAGGAGGGUUAUUAUCUGCAGCAUAUUUGCAGGCAAUUAUUUUUUGUAAUCGACAUCUCUAGACACACACUGUACAUCAUCAAACUUGUAAUCUCUAUGAU